UUUGUACUCUGCCACAUGGGCGUGUCCGUCAGUAGCAGAAGCAUCGUGUGUGCAUGCAGCUAGCUUCUGUUGUUAGCUGCAGCUAGCUGCUGUUGUUAGCACUUUAUCAUUAAAGAGUCACACUCCUCUUCUCUGUGUUGGGUGAACCAGGUGUAACCAGGUGUAACCAGGUGCAAACAGGUGCAACCAGGUGAAGCUGAGCGGGGAGAGCAGCGCGGUUAACCGGCGACCAGCGCAGGCUAGUGGAUGUGAUUGUGUGGUAGCCCCGGGUUAGCUCGAUAGCUAGCUGAGCCAGCGACAAAAGCCAAGAGGAGGAAUGAACCAUAAGAGUAAAAAGAGGAUUAAAGAGGCGAAGCGGAGCGCCAGGCCCGAGCUGAAGGACUCGUUAGACUGGAUAAAACACGGUUAUCACGAGACGUUCGACCUGUCGCACCGAACCGUCAAGGACAACGUAGAGCGUGUGGACACCCUCCAUCUCAGUCCUGAAGACUUCAUCCGGCGCUUCGAGCGCCCCUACAAGCCCGUCGUCCUGCAGAACUGCCAGGAGAGCUGGCCCGCCAGAGAAAAAUGGACUCUGGAGCGACUCAAGCGCAAAUACCGCAACCAGAAGUUCAAGUGCGGGGAAGACAACGACGGCUACUCUGUGAAGAUGAAAAUGAAGUACUACAUGGAGUACCUGGAGAACACCAGGGAUGACAGCCCACUCUACAUCUUUGACAGCAGCUACGGUGAACACGCCAAACGCCGGAAGCUGUUGGAGGACUACCAGGUCCCCGUCUUCUUCAGGGACGACCUCUUCCAGUUUGCAGGAGAGAAACGCAGACCGCCGUACAGAUGGUUUGUGAUGGGCCCGGCUCGCUCGGGCACAGGAAUUCACAUCGACCCCCUGGGCACCAGCGCGUGGAACGCCUUGGUCCAGGGUCACAAGAGGUGGUGUCUGUUCCCCACCAACACGCCCCGAGAGCUGAUCAAAGUGACCCGGGAGGACGGAGGCAACCAGCAGGACGAGGCCAUCACCUGGUUCAAUGUGGUUUAUCCUCGAACGCAGCAGCCGAACUGGCCUCCAGAAUUCACGCCGCUGGAGAUCCUCCAAAAACCCGGGGAGACGGUUUUUGUGCCUGGUGGGUGGUGGCACGUUGUCCUCAACAUGGACACAACAAUCGCCGUCACUCAGAACUUCGCAAGCACAACCAACUUCCCCAUCGUGUGGCACAAAACUGUGCGAGGACGACCCAAGCUGUCCAGGAAGUGGUAUCGCAUUCUGAAGCAGGAGCGGCCGGACCUGGCGGUGUUGGCAGACAAAGUUGACCUGCAGGAGUCGACCGGCAUUGCGUCAGACAGCUCCAGUGACUCUUCAUCAUCGUCCUCCUCCAGCUCGUCCGACUCCGAUGCAGAGUCUGGCUCUGAGGGCGACGCCAUGUCCCACCGCAGGAAGAAGAGACGCACCUGCGGGAUGACAGCCAACGGAGACACUAGUGGUCAGGACGACUGCGUCAGCAAGGAGAGGAGCUCGUCACGGUGACCUACCGCCUCCGUCCACUCGCACCCCUGUGACUCCUUCUCCGGCCGCUUCAUGUUUAGUGUCUGAAUCCCAGAGCGACAGCCAUCUGGCUGCCUUUACAGACAAGAUGGCUGCCGCGGAGCAGCAAGGUGUAGAUGAAGGAGGAGGAUGGACACCUGCCACCAUUGUGCUUUAAACACCAAUCGCGAUUUUGUGUCUCUGAUGCGUGAAGACGAAUUCUAGCCAAUCACAGACGGUUUUGGUUUGGUGGGUGGGUCUUUAAAACUCAGCCGUUUCCUUAUGUGAGCUUGUGCUAAUAUGGAGAAAUGGUUCCUGAGGGUCUUGUUUAAGAAUUUCAUUUGUUCAGAAGUUAAAGUUUAAGCUUCUGCUGGUUAAUUCUCUGAACGGGUUCUCAUCCAGAUUAUCUGUGCACGGAAAACUUUAUUAAACUUAACAGGAAACAGUUCGUUAACGAUGACGUCACAGCAGCAAGUGAAAAUCCUGAUCAGAGAAUCUGCAGCUCAUGAAAAGUCUUUUUUUUUUCCUUCAAUAGGCAAAAAAAAGACUUGAAGAUUUAAAAAACUUAAAUUGAUUUGACAAUAAAUAUUUUCUGUCGCUCGUUCGGAUCAGUUAUUGUUUGAUGCUGCAGGAACGUACAGAAUAAUUUUAAUCUCAGACUUAUUGUCUCUGCUGGUUUUUCAAUCCAGCACUUGAAGCCUGACUGAACCUGGGAGUUAGAUUCUACUCAGUCUGACGAUACAAGAUUUUAAAAGUUAAUAAAAGAAUUCAUCGCUUCAUGGUUGAGGAGCAAAAACAAUAAACUCAUCUUCAAUCAAGUUAAUGAUAAAACUACUUCAGAGAGAAACGUUAAAAGAUUUGAAGAACAACAGUAAAGUCAAAACAAGUCAAAUGAUGACGUCAUCCCAGUAGUUUCUACCAGUCAAGUUGGACGACAAAGUGAAGCCAAAGCCUCUAUUGCCUCCUGGUGGCUGGCUGAAGUACAGGUCAUUAACCUCCUCCAUGUUAGCAGAUGGGACAUGAACCAAACUAAAAACUCAAAAUAGAAGUUAAAAAAUUUAUAGCUAUGUAUUGUUAAUUAUAAUUAUCACCUCUGAUCUCACUGAUGAUUGUUCAAGUGUUUCUGAUCAGUUUGGUCAACAGGCUGAGACGUCAUGAUUGACAGCUGACACUGACUCCUGAUUGGUUGAGAGCGACUUUAUUCUCAAACGUUUUUUUUCUUCGGUAUGAAAUCUUCAAAUUAAAUUUUCUUUUGUAAAACAGAUUCAUUCUGUUUGAUUACAGAAUGAAUCUGCAAUCAAACCAACUGUUCAAAUACAAAGUCAGAAUCCUUAAGUGUAAAACGUGACGUCAUCAACAGUCUGAACCAGAGGAAGCUUAAAUGAUUAAUUGAUUAAUGAUUAAUUAAGAUGGUUCGUGUUGCACGUGCUGGUGAUGUCGUUUCUGUGGCUUUAGACUGAAGUGCCUCUACAGUUAGUUGUGGGUCUGUGUUUUAGUUUCCAUCCUGUUGGACUGAAGGCAGUGAUCUGCCGGGCUCGUCACACGGUGCCUUCCAUCGGUGUUGUGGUGAAGGUCUGUCUGGGACGAGGUUUUACUGAAAGUGGGUUUAUUGUGAAGCUGCGGGUUGAUGUUGAUGUGAGGAUGAGACCCGGCUGUGACCAAUAAAAUCUUUUCUAAUGACUUGAA